AUGAAUUACACUCUAGAGGAAAAACCUAGGAAGUACGACGGGCGUUCUGUUGCUGAGCACCGGUUCCAUUCAAAGUGCGAGUCACUUUUAUUUGGAGUUGGAACUUUUGCGUCGGCAGGUAUUGCAACAAAGUACAAGCUCAUUCGGAAGAUCGGGUCAGGUUCUUUUGGAGACAUUUAUGUUUCUAUCAAUGUCACGAAUGGAGAGGAAGUUGCCAUAAAAUUAGAAAGCAACAGGGCUCGCCAUCCGCAACUACUUUAUGAAUCUAAAGUGUAUCGCAUCCUUCAAGGUGGUGUCGGAAUUCCCCAUAUCCGUUGGUAUGGUACUGAACGCGAAUACAACGUCCUGGUUAUGGAUUUGCUCGGGCCUUCUCUUGAAGAUCUAUUCAAUUUCUGCUCGCGAAGAUUCACAAUGAAGACCGUAUUGAUGCUUGCUGAUCAGAUGAUUGGACGUAUCGAAUAUGUGCACGUUAAGAACUUCAUUCAUCGUGAUAUCAAACCUGAUAAUUUCUUGAUGGGGAUCGGGCGACACUGCAACAAAUUGUUCCUCAUCGACUUUGGACUUGCAAAAAAGUUUCGAGACUCACGCACCAGAACACACAUUCCCUACCGAGAGGAUAAAAAUCUAACGGGUACAGCACGAUAUGCCUCCAUCAAUGCUCACCUUGGAAUAGAACAGAGCAGAAGGGACGAUAUGGAGUCACUGGGCUAUGUGUUAAUGUAUUUCAAUCGCGGAACUCUACCUUGGCAAGGUCUUAAAGCGGCAACCAAGAAACAGAAAUAUGAAAAAAUUAGUGAAAAAAAAAUGUCGACGUCUGUGGAGAUGUUAUGCAAAGGUUUUCCCGCGGAAUUCCCCAUGUACUUGAACUACACCCGGGGACUUCGUUUUGACGAGGCGCCUGACUACAUGUACCUUCGUCAACUUUUCAGAAUUCUUUUCCGCACACUGAACCAUCAGUACGACUACACUUUUGACUGGACGAUGUUGAAGCAAAAAGCAUCACAGUCGCAAAAUACCAUGCUCCAACCAGGAGCCAGUGGUUCUCAGCAGCCGAUGCCGAUCGUUUCACCUGCUCCUCCACAGCACUUUGCUGCUUCGCUGAAGCGUCAGCUGGGCGCUUUGGAACGUAGCAUAGAGAUGAGUGCCCCAUACACAUCACCACUUCUGGAGACGGGACAGGAAUCAGCGGAUGCGGUGCAGAAUACUCAUGAAGGCGAAAAAGCCACCGAAAAUGAGGCUGAAAAAGUUGGGCGACAACUUGUGGUGAAAGCUAAGCUCGCCGUGGAAUGGCUGCUUAGUUUGGGAAAAAAUCUUUUUGCCACUCCAGCAUGUGCACUGCCUCAGUACCCUGCACACUGGGCUCUGCCGUCUCAGACUUGGGACGGUAUUUCGACCGCUGAGAGGCGAUCAAAUCUCAGGUUACUCAGGACGUCAUUGAUUCUGGACCAAGGCGACACACGUACGACUCGCCAUGGAGACUGUCUCAGACUGUGUACUUACAACGCGAGAACAGUUUCCACAGACGCUGACCUGCAUGCCCUUCUCGGAGCUGCAGAGCGUAUCAAAUUUCAUGUGAUUGCUCUGCAGGAGACCAAGUGCAGAAGAAGCGACGUACGACAGAUGAAUGACGGUACACUCGUCAUUCGUGGAGAGAAGUUUCCGUCGCGAAAUGUAGGCGGUGUUGGUUUUGUUGUGCACCCAUCUGUCGUCCAUCUCGUCGAUACUCACGAGAUCCUGUCACCUCGUCUGGUCAUUCUUCGCCUCCGCCCUCUGCGCCAAAAAUCCAUCAGUAUCAUCAACUGCUACUCACCAACAUCAGCAGCUGAUGAAUCCGAAUUGGACGCGUUUUAUGAGGAGCUGAAGGAACUAGUCCGCAACGAGAAGUCCUUCUACAAAUUCCUCGUCGGAGACUUCAACGCAAAAGCCACAGAAGAGGAAUACAGGAUUGGAAGAUUUGAACUAGGAGACCGGAAUGAAAAUGGCAAUCGUCUCGCCGGGCUGUUGUCCGCCGCUCGCCUUUUUCAUGGGAACUCUCUUUUCAUGAAAAAGAUCAUCGUCGGUGGACAUGGAAGUCGCCCAAUGGCGCAACUCGUGCGGAGAUCGACCACAUACUCAUCAACCGGAGGUGGUGUCUACUUGACGUCUCAGUAG